AUGGAAAAAUUCAGAUUACCGUCUUUUGGAAAGGCUACUGCCCACCACAGCCCACCAGACAUGUCAAAUGUGGAUUCGACGCCACGUAAUUUGAUUGUUGCCAAUUGUCCAAAUAACGCUUAUGCGUUAGCAAACGUGGCAGCUGUUUCACCAAAUGACCUUCCAGACAAUAUUUAUGUGCUCGUGGAAAAUUUAUUCGUGUUUACAACCAGGCAUUCUAACGAAGUUCCACCUGGAACUAUUGGCUUUAAUGGUAACCAGCGUACUUGGGGUGGCUGGUCUCUAAACCAAGAAAUUCAUGUGAGGCCAUUUGACUUGUUCAAAUAUUCCGGUAAGCAUUCUUAUUUGGGAUCAGUUGAUAUUGACAUUUCAUUCAGGUCCAGAGGUAAGGCCGUACAAACACCAUUUGAUCAGGAUGAGCUUGCUUCUCAAUUCGCCAAAACCUUCGAAUCACAAAUUUUUUCUCCCACACAGUAUUUAAUAUUCGAAUUUAAAGGCAAUAUUUUUGAUUUGAAGGUCAGAAACCUGCAAACAAUAGAUCUAGGUGACAUUGAGCCUGUCGCUCCUGUGUCUUCAGGCAUUGAGGCAAAGGGAAUUUUAACCAAACAGACACAAAUUAAUUUUUUCAAAGGUAGAGAUGGUCUCGUCAAUUUGAAAUCUGCGAACUCACUGAGACCUAGAUCCGAUGCCGUUAUAAGGUCCGAUUUUAAAUUUGAGGAUCUUGGCGUCGGUGGUCUGGAUGCCGAAUUUACAAAGAUAUUUAGGAGAGCAUUUGCCAGUAGAAUAUUUCCACCAGCUGUUAUUGAGAAACUUGGUAUUUCUCAUGUCAAAGGUUUACUACUGUACGGUCCACCUGGUACUGGUAAAACGUUAAUCGCCCGAAGAAUCGGUAAAAUGUUGAAUGCGAAGGAGCCGAAGAUUGUAAAUGGUCCAGAAAUUUUGAGUAAAUAUGUUGGUUCUUCAGAGGAAAAUAUUCGUAAUCUGUUCAAGGAUGCUGAAGCUGAAUAUCGCGCUAAAGGAGAAGAAUCAUCUUUACACAUUAUCAUCUUUGAUGAACUGGACUCAGUGUUUAAACAAAGAGGUUCCAGAGGAGAUGGUACAGGUGUUGGAGAUAAUGUUGUUAAUCAACUGCUAGCAAAGAUGGAUGGUGUCGAUCAGUUGAACAACAUUCUAGUGAUUGGUAUGACGAAUCGUAAAGAUUUAAUUGAUAGCGCUUUACUGCGCCCAGGUAGAUUCGAGGUUCAGGUCGAAAUUCAUUUGCCAGAUGAAAGAGGAAGAUUACAAAUUUUUGAAAUUCAAACCAAGAAGAUGAGAGAAAACAAUAUGAUGGAUAAAGAUGUAGAUUUGGGUGAGCUCGCAGCUUUAACAAAAAAUUUUUCGGGUGCCGAGAUUGAAGGUUUGGUGAAAAGUGCAAGCUCUUUUGCCAUCAACAAGACCGUAAAUAUUGGUAAAGGAGCCACAAAAUUGAAUCCUAAGGAUAUUGCUAAAUUAAAAGUUACACGCGAGGACUUUCUCAAUUCUCUAGAGGAAGUCACUCCUGCCUUUGGUAUUAGUGAAGAGGACUUGAAAGCAUGUGUUGAAGGUGGUAUGAUCAGAUAUUCUGAAAGCGUCGACUCUAUCCUAAAAAACGGAGCUCGUUAUGUUCGCCAAGUUCGUGAAAGCAGUAAAUCGAGACUAGUCUCGCUACUAAUUCACGGACCCCCAGGUUCAGGUAAAACGGCCCUAGCUGCUGCUGUCGCAUUGAAGUCUCAAUUUCCAUUCAUUAGAUUAAUUACUGCAACUGAGAUUUCCGGUAUGUCAGAGAGCGCCAAGAUCGCUUACAUUGACAAUACAUUCAGAGAUGCGUACAAAUCUCCUUUGAAUAUUCUGGUGAUUGACUCCCUCGAGACGUUGAUAGACUGGGUUCCAAUCGGACCUCGUUUUUCAAACAACAUUCUUCAAGUGAUAAAAGUUGCUCUAAAACGUAAGCCUCCUCAGGAUCGUCGUUUAUUAAUCAUGACAACUACUUCAGCUUAUUCAGUGCUUCAACAAAUGGACAUAUUAAGUUGUUUUGAUAACGAAAUAGCAGUUCCAAACAUGACUAACCUCGACGAGUUCAACAAUGUCAUGAUAGAAUCCCAAUUUUUGGACGACGAAGACAGGGUCAAAGUGAUAAACCAAAUGGCACAAGUUUGUCCUCAUUUCAAUAUCGGUAUAAAGAAAGCUCUAACUAACAUUGAAACGGCAAGACAUGAUGACGACCCUGUUAAUGAAAUUAUCGAAUUAAUGGCCCAAUCGGCCUAA